CGUCUUAAAAUCUUUUGUGAAUCUGAGUGUUUUCCGAAAAAAAUGAAUCACAUCGUUGCCGCCAUCCUUGUAAUAGCAUUCUGCAGCGCCAAGCUGACGUGGGCACAGGCACCGGCGCCGACGCCGACUCCGGACUGCAUGACGAACUUGUUCAACUUGUCGGAUUGUUUGUCGUACGUGACGGCCGGAAGCAACCUGACGAAGCCGGACAAACCUUGCUGUCCGGAGUUGGCUGGGCUAGUGGAGAGCAGCCCUCAGUGUCUGUGCUAUCUAUUGGAUAAGAACAAGACGGCCAGUUAUGGGUUCAACAUCGAUAUGGAUAGAGCUCUUAAGCUGCCUAAUGUUUGCCAUGUCUCCACUCCUUCCGUUAGCCUCUGCUCUGUUAUCAAUGGUGCUCCAACCGCAGUUCCAACUCCAAGCACUGAAGGAUCUACUACAUCACCGGCAUCUGAGCCAGCAGGGGCAGUUGCAUUUGGACCGUCGCCGGCCGCUGAGGCACCGACACCGGACUGUAUGACAAAUUUGUUGAACUUGUCGGAUUGUUUGUCGUACGUGGUGGCCGGAAGCAAUCUGACAAAGCCGGACAAGCCUUGCUGUCCGGAGCUGGCGGGGCUUGUGGAGAGCAGCCCCCAGUGUCUGUGCUAUCUGUUGGAUAAGAACAAGACAGCCAGUUAUGGGUUCAACAUUGAUAUGGACAGAGCUCUUAAGCUGCCUAAAGUUUGCCAUGUCUCAACUCCUCCCGUUAGCCUAUGCUCGGUUGUUAACGGCGGUCCAACCGGAGCACCAACCCCAAGCCCUAAAGGAUCUAUAUCUCCAGGAUUUGCCCAAGAAUUAGCUCCAGGCCCUUCAAGUGGAAACACCAAGGGUGCUUCGAACAUUGCAAUCCCUGGUCCAGCUUCCCUCCUUGCCUUUCUUCCCAUGUUGUUUGGGAUUUAAAACUCUAAUUUUACAUUCUUAAUAAUCAUUUAUUAUAUAUUUAAGACUAUUAUUUGAUGUAAGGGUAGUAGAACAAAAGUUUUCUUAUGAGUGAAAUUAAUUUGAAUCAAAUGUUUUUUAUAUUUAUUUAAAAAAUAAAAGAGAAAUAACUUGAAUA